CAGCCAAUCACAGCCCGAGGUCUGUUCAGCGGGAGAAACGGAACAGAAUCAAGAGAUCGAAAGAAAGAAAAAUAGAAGAAAUACGAUGUUUUGAAACGUCGAUUAAGCGACAGUUUGAGUCGUUUACUGUGUCCGAUAAACUUGAAUCUCGUUCGGGUGGAAACAGUGGGCUUCUGGUGAAAGGAUGCGUCGCUCAGGAGCUCCAAGCCAACUUUCUGGCAAUGCAAUGAAAAAGCCUCGUUUUGUGCCCCCUGGAGCAUCUCCUGCAUGUCCACUCACUGGAUCCAAGCCCCUUACUCCUAGACCGGGUUUUGUCAAUGCACUUGGAAAGGUUCAGAAGAGUCUGGCAACACCAGCUCAUAAUAAAACCGAGCAUGAUGUCCAGUCCAACACUGCUCAGCUUGCUCAGCCUGCUCCAGCCUUGUCCAGGGCUCUGGCUCGUGUGCUUGCUGCAAAAGAAAGCAAAGAAAAUGAGACUGAGACAGAACAUCCUGACACUGGACCUGAAGAGUUCAAAGAUGACAACAGUACAGCAGGAGAGAAUGGUUUUCGUCCACUGAUCUCUAAAUCUCCAGAGCCUCCUGUAAGGCAAGCCUCUACCUCUGAAGCUGCAGGCUCUGACUCUGGCUGCAGUCAGGAUGGAGCACGUUACUUCAGUGUAAUGUGGUGUAAAGCCAGUAAAAAGAAACACAAGCGUUGGGAGGGCGAUGCUGUCCUGGUUACAAGAGGACGCACAGCCACACUGAAAGACAUGGAGGGGAAAGAUAUUGGGAAGGGAAGUGGCUACAAGGUGUCUAUGCUGGCUUCCCUGUCUGAUGGAGAGACCCUGAUGAUUGGAGGGAAGGAGGUGGAGGUGAUGGGGAUCAUCUCUGCUGAGGAUUUUGCCAGGGGGCGUUGUUUUCAAGAGGUCCAGGUAGAGAAAGAAGAGAUAAAUGCAGGGUCUGGUCCAAUACCCUCGCGCCACGUGGGGUCCAAACCAUUCUGUCCCCCGACACUUUUGGGAGGAGCAGAACGUCCGGGACCCAAAAGAGAGGGGGAGCAAACCUGCAAGCCUCGACAUGACCCACUGGACCCAGGUGCCCUGGUGAUGCCUCGUCCAUCCCCUAACCAUCAGUGGUCUAAUAACAAGUCAGGGCUUCCUGUGGUUGAUGUUGUCAUUGACCCACACCUGACCCAUCACCUGCGACCCCAUCAGAGGGACGGUCUGCUCUUUCUGUAUGAGUGUGCCAUGGGUAUGAGAGCUGUGGGGCGUUACGGGGCGAUUCUGGCUGAUGAGAUGGGUCUGGGAAAGACCCUUCAGAGCGUUGCACUGUCUUGGACUUUGCUCAAACAAGGACCGUACGGGGGGAAAGCGGUUGCUAAGCGAGUCCUUGUGGUCACUCCGGGCAGCCUCGUACAGAACUGGGGCGCAGAGUUUCACAAGUGGCUGGGCCGUGAGAGGAUCAGCAUUUUCACUGUGGAUCAGGAUCACAGGAUAGAGCAGUUCAUCUUAUCCCCUCUGCACAGCGUUCUUGUGAUCAGCUAUGAAAUGCUGCUUCGCUGCCUGGAGCAGGUUCAAAAAGUCGAGUUUGGUCUCAUAAUUUGUGAUGAGGGCCACAGAUUAAAGAACAGCAACAUCAAAACGUCCUCGGCACUAUGCAGCCUGAGCUGUAGUCGCAGAAUCAUACUAACAGGCACCCCAGUACAGAACGACCUGCAGGAGUUUUAUGCGAUCAUCGAGUUUGUCAACCCAGGGAUUCUUGGCUCCUCAACCGGGUACAGGAAAGUGUAUGAGGAACCCAUUCUACGCUCAAGACAGCCCUCCUGCACAGAGGAAGAGAGAGUUUUGGGAGAAGAGCGAGCAGCAGAGCUCUCUCGCCUCACUGGUAUGUUCAUCCUGAGACGGACCCAGGAGAUCAUCAACCGCUACCUGCCCCCUCGUCUGGACUGGACGUUGUUCUGUGAACCCUCCGCUUUGCAACUAGAGCUGUACGAGCAUCUCCUCUGCCAACGAGUCUUCAGAGCGUGUCUUCAAGGAACGACGCAGACUCACACACACCUGGCCUGCAUCACUGCUCUGAAGAAGCUCUGUAACCACCCCGGUCUGCUCUACUCUACUGUCAAGGAAAAAACAGAUGGUGAUUCAUUGGAGGGCUCCCCGUACGAAGGCUUGGCAGAGCUCUUCCCAGAAUCCUACUCUGCCGGUGGAUUUAGCACGGAAGACUCUGGGAAACUCCUGGUUCUGUUCGACCUGCUGACUGCCGUCAGACAGCUCAGCCCUUCAGACAGGGUGGUCGUUGUGUCCAAUUAUACUAAGACACUUGACCUGCUGCAGGACUUAUGCGCACACCUGAACUACACUUUCUGCAGACUUGAUGGGCAGACCCCGACCAAUCAGAGACAGCGGCUGGUCGACAGUUUCAACAGUCCUUACUCAAACAGCUUCCUGUUUCUGCUAAGCUCCAAAGCAGGCGGAGUGGGGCUCAAUCUGAUUGGUGCCUCUCAUCUUGUACUGUAUGAUAUUGACUGGAACCCAGCCAAUGACAUUCAGGCCAUGGCUCGGGUGUGGAGAGAUGGGCAGAAGAAAACUGUGCACAUCUAUCGUCUCCUCACUGCAGGCACCAUUGAGGAGAGGAUAUUCCAGAGACAGGUGUCUAAACAGGGGCUUUCUGGGACAGUGGUUGACCUGGGUAAAGGGGCGGAGCACUGCAGCUUCUCCACCAGUGAGCUUCGAGAUCUCUUCAGCCUGACAGACACACCCUCUCUGACACACGACCUGCUUAACUGCGGCUGCAGCAUGGACGGAUCACUCCAGGCUGUCGAAGAAGAGAACGUGGAGCAAGUCUCUGAUAGGCCUUGCCAGCUUGGUCGCCAGGGAGACCGCAGUGGAUCAGUGCAGAAGCCCCUCAGCAUGUCAGAGCUUAUGCAGUGGAGACAUUUCUCUGGUGACACACACACCUUCUCAGACCCUUACCUCGAUCAGGCACGAAACCACAUCACCUUUGCCUUCCAGACCACUAUUUCUGACACAGCUCAGUCAACAAACACCGGAUGAUUCUCUUAGUAACACAUGACUCUCACACAUGUUGGUGAGUUGUCUUCUACAUGUUUAUCUUCAGGCUCUCUGGGCUUUGUCCAAAGCCUGAAUACAACAUAUAACUAAAAGAACAUCAACACGGUUUCAAACUGUUUUAAGGGAUGUUCUUUGUGAGACUUUGUAUCCUUUCUUCAACAUUUUCUCUGUUCAUUCAAAGGAAUUUACUGUAAGAUGACAUUAAAUAAAUAAACUCAAAAUUAUUAUGGGUAAGAAACAGA